AUGGUCUCUAUUGUUUUAGGAAGUCAAUGGGGUGAUGAGGGGAAGGGCAAGAUCACCGAUAUGCUGUCGCAGCAGGCGACUCUCUGCUGUCGUGCUGCUGGUGGUCACAAUGCCGGUCACACUAUCGUCCACGACAACGUCACCUACGACUUCCACAUUCUGCCCUCAGGCCUGGUCUCCCCUUCAUGUAUCAACCUGAUCGGCGCCGGCACUGUCGUCCACGUCCCCAGCUUCUUCAAGGAACUCGCUCACAUCGAGGCCAAGGGUCUGACCUCCGCUAGCAAGCGCAUCUUCAUCUCUGACCGCGCGCACGUCUGCUUCGAUCUCCACUCUGUUGUCGAUGGUCUGGAAGAGGCUGGUCUCGGUGGCCGUAAGGUUGGCACCACCGGUAAGGGUAUCGGUCCUUGCUACAGUGACAAGGCUGCACGCCGUGGUGUGCGCAUCGGUGAGAUUCUGGAUGAGGUGACCUUCGAGCGGAAAUUGCGCACACUUGACACUUCGUACCGCGCUCGCUUCGGCGAUAUCUCUUACGAUGUCGAGGAGGAAAUUGCCCGUUUCAAGGAAUACCGCACCAAGCUUCAGCCCUACAUCGUCGACCAACUCGAGUUCCUGCACAAGCACAAGGACUCCGCCAACACCCUCGUCGAAGGCGCCAACGCCCUCAUGCUGGACCUCGACCACGGCACAUACCCCUUCGUCACCUCCUCUUCCACCGGCCUGGGCGGUGCCGUGCAAGCACUUGCCCUCAACCCGAGCAGCAUCAAGAACGUUAUCGGUGUCUUGAAGGCCUACACCACCCGCGUCGGAUCCGGACCGUUCCCCAGCGAACAGCUGAACGAGGACGGUGACAAGCUGCAGAAGGUUGGUCGCGAGUUCGGCGUGACGACCGGUCGUCGUCGUCGCUGUGGCUGGCUCGACCUUGUUCUCGCCCGCUACUCCCACGCCAUCAACCACUAUACCGCGCUCAACCUCACCAAGCUCGAUGUCCUGGAUGACUUUGACGAGAUCAAGGUUGGUGUCGCUUACAUCCUGCCCGACGGCACCCGCACUACCUUCACUUUCCCCGCCGACCCCAACGUCGUCGACAAGAUUCAGGUCGAGUACGCUACCCUCCCUGGCUGGAAAUCCAACACCAUGGGUGUCACCCGCUACGAGGACUUGCCGCCCAAUGCGCAGGCCUACAUUGAGUUCAUCGAGCGUGAGAUCGGCAAUGUCCCCGUCAAGUGGAUCGGUACCGGUCCCGCUCGUGAGCACAUGAUUGCCCGCGAGUAG